GCCGCAGCUUUCCCGUUGCGGGGCGGCGCCGAGGGCCGGGUUCAGCUUCUGCAAUGUUGCCCUAUACGGUGAAUUUCAAGGUGUCGGCUCGCACCCUCACGGGGGCCCUCAACGCCCACAACAAGGCGGCGGUGGACUGGGGCUGGCAAGGUUUAAUUGCAUAUGGAUGUCAUUCGCUCGUGGUAGUGAUCGAUUCAAACACAGCCCAGACUCUUCAAGUUUUAGAAAAGCAUAAGGCUGACAUUGUCAAGGUUAAAUGGGCCAGGGAAAAUUAUCACCAUAACAGUGGCUCACCCUAUACCUUGCGCUUAGCUUCCGCCGACGUCAAUGGGAAGAUCAUCGUGUGGGAUGUAGCAGCGGGAGUAGCUCAGUGUGAGAUCCAGGAGCACGUGAAACCUAUCCAGGAUGUGCAGUGGUUGUGGAAUCAAGAUGCUUCCCGGGAUUUACUGCUUGCUAUCCACCCUCCAAAUUACAUUGUGCUGUGGAAUGCAGACACUGGCACCAAACUUUGGAAGAAGAGCUAUGCAGAUAACAUUCUUUCUUUUUCUUUUGACCCUUUUGAUCCCUCACACUUAACAUUGCUCACCAGUGAGGGUAUUGUGUUCAUCUCCGACUUCUCUCCAUCCAAGCCUCCCUCUGGCCCUGGGAAAAAAGUGUACAUAUCCAGCCCACACUCCAGCCCAGCUCAUAACAAGCUGGCUGCAGCCACAGGUGCUCAAAAAGCACUUAAUAAAGUAAAAAUUUUAAUCACUCAAGAGAAACCUAGUGCUGAAUUCAUAACUCUCAAUGAUUGCCUUCAGUUGGCAUAUCUGCCUUCCAAGAGAGAUCACAUGUUGUUACUCUAUCCUCGAGAAAUUUUAAUCCUUGACCUUGAGGUGAAUCAGACAGUGGGUGUGAUUGCAAUAGAGCGAACAGGAGUUCCAUUUCUACAGGUAAUACCCUGCUUUCAGCGUGACGGUUUAUUUUGCCUACAUGAAAAUGGUUGUGUAACCUUACGUGUUCGAAGAUCUUAUAAUAGUAUUUGCAGCACUUCAGAUGAGGAGCUGGAUCCAGAUCCCGUCCAGGAGCUGACCUAUGACUUACGAAGCCAGUGUGAUGCAAUCAGGGUGACAAAAACUGUUCGUCCGUUCAGCAUGGUGUGCUGUCCUGUCAAUGAGAACGCAGCUGCCCUCAUAGUGAGUGACGGGAGGGUCAUGAUAUGGGAACUGAAGUCCACUGUUUGUAACCGCGGUUCCCGGAACAGUAGUUCUGGAGUGUCGCCUUUGUAUUCACCAGUGUCUUUCUGUGGAAUUCCUGUGGGAGUGUUACAGAAUAAACUCCCAGACCUUUCCUUAGAUAACAUGAUUGGGCAAAGUGCAAUUGCUGGAGAAGAACAUCCCAAAGGCUCCAUUUUGCAGGAAGUGCACCUCAAGUUCCUGCUGACAGGACUGCUGUCAGGACUGCCCCCACCACCGUUUGCUGUCCGUAUGUGCCCACCACUGACCACAAAAAACAUCCACAUGUAUCAGCCCCUGCUUGCUGUUGGCACAAGUAACGGCUCUGUCCUGGUGUACCAUCUCACCAGCGGGCUGCUGCACAAGGAGUUAAGUGUCCACUCCUGUGAAGUCAAAUCAAGUUACAUUGGUAUGGCUUCUCGUUUCUUAGAUGUUUUAUGUGCUAUUUCACCUUCUUUGAUGUUUACAAUUAAAGGUAGGAGCAUUGCUUUUCGCGGUGAACGUGGCAAUGACGAAUCGCCCAUCAAAAUGAUUAAAGUAUCUCAUUUGAAGCAGUAUUUGGCAGUUGUAUUCAAAGAUAAACCCCUGGAGUUAUGGGAUGUUAGGACUUGUACCCUCCUUAGAGAAAUGUCCAAAAACUUCCCUGCAAUAACUGCUUUGGAGUGGUCACCCUCUCACAACUUAAAGAGCCUGAGGAAGAAGCAGCUGGCUACCCGAGAGGCCAUGGCCCGCCAGACCGUGGUCUCCGAUGCAGAGCUGAGUGUCGCCGAGUCAUCUGUGAUCAGCUUGCUGCAGGAAGCAGAAAGUAAGUCUGAACUCAGUCAGAACAUCUCUGCCCGGGAGCAUUUUGUGUUUACUGAUAAUGACGGCCAGGUUUAUCAUCUCACUGUUGAAGGCAACUCGGUGAAAGAUAGCGCACGGAUUCCACCAGAUGGAAGUAUGGGCAGUAUUACUUGCAUCGCUUGGAAAGGUGAUACAUUAGUUCUUGGCGAUAUGGAUGGAAAUUUAAAUUUUUGGGAUUUGAAAGGCAGAGUAUCCAGAGGGAUACCUACACACCGAAGUUGGGUGAGGAAGAUUCGCUUUGCCCCUGGUAAAGGAAACCAAAAACUAAUAGCAAUGUACAAUGAUGGAGCUGAAGUAUGGGACACCAAAGAGGUUCAGAUGGUGAGCAGUUUAAGAAGUGGAAGAAAUGUGACCUUUCAGAUAUUGGAUGUGGACUGGUGUACAUCAGAUAAAGUGAUCUUGGCGUCGGAUGAUGGAUGCAUCAGAGUCCUGGAGAUGUCGAUGAAGUCCACAUGUUUUAGGAUGGAUGAACAAGAGUUAACCGAACCUGUGUGGUGCCCAUACCUCCUUGUUCCCAGGGCCUCCCUGGCCUUAAAAGCCUUCUUACUACACCAGCCUUGGAACGGUCAGUGUACUUUGGACAUUUCUCAAGUUGAUUAUCCAGAAAAUGAAGAAAUAAAGAAUCUCCUUCAAGAGCAGUUGAAUUCAUUGUCAAAUGACAUAAAGAAACUCUUGCUUGAUCCAGAAUUCACCCUCUUGCAGAGGUGCCUGCUUGUUUCAAGGCUUUACGGUGAUGAGUCGGAGCUACACUUCUGGACGGUGGCUGCCCACUACCUGCACAGCUUCUCCCAGGACAAGUCAGCCGCUCCUCGGGAAACUGUGAACAACCCCCUGGACAUAUGUUACGACAUACUCUGUGAAAACGCCUAUUUUCAGAAAUUUCAGCUGGAAAGGGUUAAUCUACAGGAAGUAAAACGGUCAACUUACGAUCACACAAGGAAAUGCACAGACCAGCUCCUCCUCUUGGGUCAGACGGACAGAGCCGUGCAGCUGCUGCUGGAGACAAGCGCAGACAACCAGCACUAUUACUGUGAUUCCCUGAAAGCCUGUUUGGUCACAACCGUCACCUCGUCAGGCCCUUCUCAGAGCACCAUUAAGCUGGUGGCAACUAACAUGAUUGCCAACGGCAAGUUGGCAGAGGGCGUGCAGUUGCUCUGCCUGAUCGACAAAGCUGCAGACGCUUGCCGCUACCUGCAGACCUAUGGCGAGUGGAACCGGGCAGCCUGGCUCGCAAAAGUUCGUUUGAACUCUGAAGAGUGUGCUGAUGUCUUGAAGCGGUGGGUUGAUCAUCUGUGCUCUCCACAAGUCAAUCAGAAGUCAAAGGCCCUCCUGGUCCUUCUCUCCCUGGGCUGUUUCUCCAGCGUGGCCGAGACGCUGCACAGCAUGAGGUACUUUGAUAGAGCUGCCUUGUUUGUGGAAGCCUGUCUGAAGUAUGGCACAAUGGAAGUCAAUGAAGAGACAGAGAAACUCAUCUUUGCUGUAUAUGCAGAUUAUGCCCGGAGUCUGAAGAACCUGGGUUUUAAACAGGGAGCUGUUCUUUUUGCUUCAAAAGCUGAAGCAGCUGGCAAAGAUUUAUUGAAUGAGCUUGAAUGCCCCAAGGAAGAACGCAUGGAUGAGUGACGGGCUGCUAUAUGCCAGGAGCGCCUUACCUUGGAAGCAGGGUGGGCAGUGGUUGGUCUGGCUGUGGUCCCAGUCUGAUGGAGGAGGCCGAGGCCAUCCCUUCGAGCACCUUCUCUGGCAGGGCCUGGCCAGCUACUUGUCCACCAUGUCCCUAAGGCCAUCUGUGCACAGUAGUACAUGAGCAUUUACAGCAUUAGAAUGAGCAUUUACAGCAUUAGAAGCAAGUCCUACAUCCUCUAUUUACUGCAGAGAAAAACGUGAACGCUUCAGAUUUGGAAGAUGUGUAACGUUUUAUACAUUUUAGAAGGAGAGCUUUGAGUCCUUGGAAAUACUUUUAAUUUUUUUAAAUUAAAAUUCAAGAGACUGAAUUGCUUUUCUCAUUGGUAAAUUUAAAGAUGUUUGAAAAAUCCUUAGUGAAAUAAGCUCGUGAGAGCUGUCGUCAGGUUGGCGCAGAUACAGGCAGGGCAGAAGUGCUUAGGAAAUGGUUGGCCCGAGCGUUCUGUUUCCUGACCUUGGAGACAGCACUGUUGAUACCGUGGGGAAGGCUCAUGGGCUCAAAGAGAGUUUUUAAGCUUUGUUUGGUUCCAGGAUGUGGGGUCUUUGAUAUUUUGGAUUUUAACCCCUUCUGCGACGUGUUACAGUAACCUCAUUUUCGAAGUCUCUCUUUGUGCUUUAAUUUCUUGUCUAGGUUCUCCCAGUAGCUGAAAUACAUGUGAUGUGACUAUUAUAAAUUAUUGCUAAGAAUUUAAAUGUAUAGAACUUACAGAGAUGACGAAUAAAAAGAUUCCAUCCGGGCCUUUGUGUUCUCUGUGUUGCUGUGUGUGUGAGUAGUCAGUCCACCUGCCCCUGCUCCAGGCUGUGCCUGCUGUAUCCAGAGAAGCCGAGCUGUAGCAAUUCAGGCACAGGGCAGCAGGACUCAAUACCAGGGAACGCUGGUCCCACAAGAUACGCCUCAGAAAACAAAUAGGUGACCAGCCAAAUGAGUCGGGUACACAAGGCAUUCUACAGCGUCCUCUGGAGAUUGACAAUGCACAUUAUUAACACAUUAAAGGCUCUGAGAAGU